AUGAAGAGUUCUGUAAGAGUGUUCUUUUUUCUCCUGCUAAUUUUUGCUUUCAGCAAGGCUGUGAAAGCUGAAGGAAAUGUGAAAGCUCCCGACGGGAGGCUUCAGCAGGGUAAUGAAGUGACAGUGCCACUGGUGGUGAAGUCAACUUUCCACAUGCAUUUACAAGGCAACACAUUUGAGGACACCUGCACUAUCGUACCAUUUCACUCAGAGACUCUUUCCACAUGCAACUACAACUCGAGCAGCCCUCUGGUCAUCAUCAUCCACGGCUGGACGAUAAAUGGAAAAAUGGAAGAGUGGAUGUUCAGGAUGGCCUCAGCGCUCAAGGCCAGGCUGGGCCACAUGAAUGUGCUGAUCAGUGAUUGGAGACCUCUGGCUCUCCAGCCAUACCAAAACGCAGCCAAGAACAGCAGGCAUGUGGGCUCAGACGUGGCCAGGCUUGUCAGCUGGCUGGAGGAGACCACCCAGCUCUCCAUGGAUAAGGUCCAUCUGAUUGGUUACAGUUUAGGUGCACAUGUGGCUGGAUUUGCAGGAAGUCAUUUUACAGGAGAAAGAAAGCUUGGCCGCAUAACAGGUUUGGAUCCUGCAGGCCCUCAAUUUGAAGGGGUUCCUGCAUCAGAUAGGCUGUCUCCAGAUGAUGCUAAGUUUGUUGAUACCAUUCACACAUUUUCUAAGUCCAGCAUUGGGUUCACAUUGGGCAUCAGGCAACUUGUGGGCCAUGUUGACUUCUACCCAAAUGGAGGUUCAUUCCAGCCUGGAUGCCAGAUGACAGACAUGUAUAACAACCUCUAUCAGUUUGGGCUGGAAGGUUUACCAAAGACCGUAAAAUGUACUCACCAGCGAGCUGUCCACCUCUUCACUGAUUCCAUUCUGAACAUGGAUCAACAGAUGACAGCCUACCGCUGUCGAGAUGAUGGUGCCUUUGACAAAGGGCUGUGCCUGGACUGCAAAAAGAAUCGCUGUAAUAUUCUGGGCUACAAUGUUAGAAGGGUGUUCAAAAGAGGCAACAAUAAAGGUCUCUAUCUGAAGACUGGCUCUCAGACACCAUUUAAAGUCUAUCACUACCAAAUCAAGGUAUUACUGAAGAAUCUGACUGCGUCUGUCCAAGUCUCUGUCUCCAUCUCUCUUAUUGGAACCAAAGGACAAAGUGAAUAUUUACCUGUUACUCUGAGCCAGGAGCAUGCUGAGAAUAAGACAUACUCCGCCCUGGCUGCGGUGGGCUUGGACAUGGGUGACCUGCAGGCUGUGCGGUUGCACUGGGAGGGAGAGGCGGCCUGGACCAGCUGGUGGAGGCGGGUCUCAUCCAUUAUGAGCGGGGGCAGCCGCAGGCACGACACAGAGCUCAGCAUGUGGCGCAUACGACUCAAAUCUGGCGAGAGCCAGGAGAAGAUUUGGUUCUGUGGUAAAACAGGGGACACAACACACUUCAAGCCCUCACAAGAGCAGGAAUUCAUUCGUUGUAAAGAUAUUUCCAAAAAGAUGAUCAAUGUAACAAAACCACAAGACCAGGAAUCUGGAAAGGCUUGA